AGCCUUUCCGCUCCUCCCUCCCCGCCGCUGCUGCGGAGCCAGGGCUCGGAGCCGGGAGCUGGUUCUUGCAGGUCUCCUGGCAGAACUUCCCUGAGCGCUGCGCUGCGCGGGAGGGGGACGAGCGCGAGGGCGCGAGCAGCGGACGCGCGCGAGAGGGGAGGGGGCGCCGCGCGCAGGCGCUGUGCAAGGCUGUCGAAGAAUCAAGUCGGUAGAACUGGAGCGGCCGCGGCGGCGGCGGCAGCAGCAGCGGCAGCAGCAGCGUCGGCAGCGGCGGAGCUGAAGCGGGCAGGGCGCUGACGCUGGCGCGGGCAGAGCAGCUACGAUAGGAGUUGUGAGUGAGCGGCGGAGCAACCCGGGAGCCCGCGCUGCAUCCUAACUCCACGCGCACCGGCCGCUGCCGCCUCGGCGCGGCAUGCCCAGCCACUCGGGCUGAGCCUCCCCCGGCGGCCGCCCCCCUCCCCUCGCCCCCCCGACCUCCCCGCCCCCCGCCCCUCAGUUAGCGCGGGCCGCCGCGACCUGCUGCACUCACCCGCGCCCUCGCGGCCCGUGUUCGCCCCGGUCUGGAGACCCGCCGCAGCCCCGUCCGAGCCUCCGCUGCAGCGCCCGCCGCGCCGCGACGCCCCGCAGUCCGUCCGCGCCCGCCGGGGGGACCUGCUGCCGCGGCUGCACCCUCUCGCCCCGCGCCCCCCGCCUCUUGUGCACCGGGGGCGCUGCGCGGGCGCCGAGCCUUCGCGGGCUUUGCCGCCGCCGCCGCCGCUGCGGCCGCCGCCGCCUCUGGUGGGGGAGCCGCGAGGUUGGGGGGGGAGAAGGGCGCGUGUGUUGCCGGCGGGGGGCGGCGGCGCCUCCUCCUCCUCCUCCUCUUGCUGCACCGCGGGCUCCUCGGACAUGGCCGCGGCGGUGGCGGUGGCGGCCGCGUCCCGGCGGCAGUCGUGCUACCUGUGUGACCUGCCCCGCAUGCCGUGGGCCAUGAUCUGGGACUUCACCGAGCCCGUGUGCCGCGGCUGCGUCAACUACGAGGGCGCCGACCGCGUCGAGUUUGUCAUCGAGACGGCGCGGCAGCUCAAGCGGGCGCACGGUUGCUUCCAGGAGGGCCGCUCCCCGCCCGGUGCCGCGGCCUCGGCCGCCGCCAAGCCGCCGCCGCCGCUCUCGGCCAAGGACAUCCUCCUGCAGCAACAGCAGCAGCUCGGCCACGGUGGCCCCGAGGCGGCCCCGCGCGCCCCGCAGGCCCUGGAGCGCUACCCCCUGGCGGCCGCGGCCUCGGCCGAGCGUCCCCCGCGCCUGGGCUCCGACUUCAGCGGGAGCCGCCAGGCGACGGGCCUGCCGCAGCCACCGACGCCGCAGCCGCCGCCCGUAAACGGCAUCCUGGUGCCCAACGGCUUUUCCAAGCUGGAGGAGCCCCCCGAGCUGAACCGCCAGAGCCCGAACCCGCGGCGCGGCCAUGCCGUGCCGCCCACCCUGGUGCCGCUCAUGAACGGCUCGGCCACGCCACUGCCCGCCGCGCUCAGCCUCAGCAGCCGCGCCGCCGCCGCCUCGCUGGCCGCGGUGUCCGGGGGCGCCGCCCCCAGCCUGGGCCCAGCACAGCCAGCCGAGCUGGGCGCCCACAAGCGGCCGGCGUCCGUGUCCAGUAGCGCGGCGGUGGAGCACGAGCAGCGCGAGGCAGCGGCCAAGGAGAAGCAGCCGCCGCCGCCCUCGCACCGGGGCCCGGCCGACAGUCUGUCCACCGCGGCCGGGGCCGCCGAGCUAGGCGCUGAGGGCGCGGGUAAAAGCCGCGGGCCGGGGGAACAGGACUGGGUCAACAGGCCCAAGACCGUGCGCGACACGCUGCUGGCUCUGCACCAGCACGGCCACUCGGGGCCCUUCGAGAGCAAGUUUAAGAAGGAGCCGGCCCUGACUGCAGGCAGGUUGUUGGGUUUCGAGGCCAACGGGGCCAACGGGUCUAAAGCAGUUGCAAGAACAGCAAGGAAAAGGAAGCCUUCUCCAGAACCAGAAGGUGAAGUCGGGCCCCCUAAAAUCAAUGGAGAGGCCCAGCCUUGGCUGUCCACCUCAACAGAAGGGCUCAAGAUCCCCAUGACUCCUACAUCCUCUUUUGUGUCUCCACCGCCACCCACUGCCUCACCUCAUUCCAACCGGACCACACCGCCUGAAGCGGCCCAGAAUGGCCAGUCCCCCAUGGCAGCCCUGAUCUUAGUAGCAGACAAUGCAGGGGGAAGUCAUGCCUCGAAAGAUGCCAACCAGGUUCACUCCACUACCAGGAGGAAUAGCAGCAGCCCACCCUCUCCGUCCUCUAUGAACCAAAGAAGGCUGGGCCCCAGAGAUGUGGGCGCCCAGGGAGCAGGCAGCACAGGAGGACUGGAGCCAGUGCACCCUGCCAGCCUCCCGGACUCCUCUCUGGCAGCCAGUGCCCCACUAUGCUGCACCCUCUGCCACGAGCGGCUGGAGGACACCCACUUUGUGCAGUGCCCCUCCGUCCCUUCGCACAAGUUCUGCUUCCCUUGCUCCAGACAAAGCAUCAAACAGCAGGGAGCUAGUGGAGAGGUCUAUUGUCCUAGUGGGGAAAAAUGCCCUCUUGUGGGCUCCAAUGUCCCCUGGGCCUUUAUGCAGGGGGAAAUUGCAACCAUCCUUGCUGGAGAUGUGAAAGUGAAAAAAGAGAGAGACUCGUGACUUUUCCGGUUUCAGAAAAACCCAAUGAUUACCCUUAACUAAAACUGCUUGAAUUGUAUAUAUAUCUCCAUAUAUAUAUAUAUCCAAGACAAGGGAAAUGUAGACUUCAUAAACAUGGCUGUAUAAUUUUGAUUUUUUUUUGAAUACAUUGUGUUUCUAUUUUUUUUUUUUUUUUUUGACGACAAAAGGUAUGUACUUAUAAAGGCAUUUUCUUCUUUUGUUAAUGUUAUUAGCAUAUCUUUGUGCUUUAUUAUCCUGGUGACAGUUACUGUUCAAUGUAGGCUGUGACUUGCGCUGCUUUUUUAGAGCACUUGGCAAAUCAGAAAUGCUUCUAGCUGUAUUUGUAUGCACUUAUUUUAAAAAGAAAAAAAAAAGCCAAAUACAUUUUCUGACAUUGUAAGAUUGCCUUACUGUCUGUUAUUCCUUAUUGCUGGCCCCUUUCUCAGGCUGGAGGCCAAUUGGUGGAGAAGGAAAGGAAAUGAGUGAAAGGGGCAUUGUUGUGAAGUGGGCAUGCCCCUGGGAAAUAUCACCAAGUACCCCAAAACAUCAUCCUCCUAUAGUAAUAGGAAAGUAGAUUCUGAAUCUCUGUAUUUUGUUCUCAGAAGUUCAGUUCUUGGGGUCUUGGUGAUUAGGAAGUGCCGCUCAGAGAUUUUCAGGAUUGUGUGCUUUUGGUAAGGGGGGGGGGAGGUUUUUUUUUUUUUUUUAAGGCAGAGUUGACCGCUGUUCACUGUCCACGUGAUCAGUUGUAAGAUUACAAUGCUGCAUGCUAGUUGGUUACAUAAUACACAAUUUCAGUGAUGGAAGGCGGUUAUAAUGGUGGGGUGUACAACAUGGCACUGCCAUCUUUGAACAGAGCCUGGCUCUGCAGCGCCACUUUAUCUUUUUAAACACCCUUGAGCUCUGUUUGUUGUUGCUGUUGUCGUUUCCUUUGAAAAGAGUCCCAAGAGAAGUUACAGUACAGGUGAACUUGGAGAUUGUGGGAUUGGUUUUGUUUCUGUUUUGUGUUUUGUUUUGUUACCAUUUACCUGUAGUGCUAUUGCUGUUGAUACUAUCACCUACACCCUGUUUCUAGUGAGUGUUGAAUACAGUAUGGUACAAUGACAGUAACAGCCACGCGUGCUGACAGGGCUGCCUGUGGGCAUAUCAGUGACAGCCCAAAUGUGGGUGGAGGAAACCUGUAAUUUCCUUCUUACAAGUGUUUGAAAUACCAAGUGAAUAAAACUGUUCUUCUGGGAAAAAACGAUAAACCAGUGAAAAUUAAAGAAAUUAAGGGUUUUACGUAAUAGGCCCCACCUCUCAAACUAUUUUUAGAAGCCUUUUGAAAACUAAUUUCUCUUGAUCACUGUUUUGCAUCAGUAAAAUGAUUUUUUAAAACCAAUAAAUCAUCAGUUAUUAGAAAUAGUUGUCUCCCAGUGAUACUGGUUUUUCUUUUGUGCUGUUAUGAUUUAACAUUGACAGGAACUUUAUUUUAAAUCCUCAUGUUCAGGUGUUUGUAACUUGGCCAUAUAUAAUUAGGCUGAAUCAAGUUCAAUUACAAAUUUAUGUGUCUCAUCCCACAACAUAGUAUGUAUUUUAAUUUGAAAAUAUAAAUUGUUACCAAUUUUAGAUUCUUUUGUAGUUACGUUUUUUGUCUGUCAUUCUUAAAUUGCUCAAAAUAUUUUAUUAAUGGUCAAGUUAUUAACACUUAAAUUGGAUACUGCGCCAUAGUAUUUUUUUCAUAGUGUUUUUAAUGAGUGCACCUACUAUUAAUGCUGAGAAAAUUCAUGCUUCUGGUCAUUGCUAUAUUACAAACAGACUUGCAUGAUUAACCAGUUUGUCAUUACACUUAUUUUUUUUUAAUUGGAAUAUACAUGACUCAGAUGAAACUGGUCCCUCUUAUGUAAGUGCACACAUGCAGAAACAGUCAAUUUUAAAAGCCCAUAAAGACGUUUGUAAAGAAUUCAACUAUUAAUGGUCUGUUGUAUAAUGUAUAUCUAGGCACUUUAUUAAAAACUGGAAUUUGACCUCAUAGAUGUUGCAAGUUAAUGGGUCAUUUGACCUAAUUUGUUGUAGCUGUCUGUACAUUUUGCAAUCUGAAUACAGAUAAGCUUUCCAAAAAGAUUGAAGAACCAUCCUGUUUUGGAUAGGUCUAUCCAGCUGUGGAAAAGACAACUUAGGUUUCUCUGUGCUGGUGUUUAAGGGGGAGAAUCAGAAAAGCUUUAAGGGCUGUGUAUUGAAGUUACUACUAUUAAAAAAAUAAUACCUGCAUAAGUUUGACUGGCCUUUGGGUGGCCUUCAUGGAAGGCUUUUGUAGCUGGAAGUGUUGAUCUGGGUUACUUUUCUGACAUUCUCCUAAGAAGUUAAAAUGUAAACAUCAUUGGGACAUGAGUUUGAUCUUUUGUUGUCAGCAAGCUACUUACUGUACAUGGGCAGUAUCAGAUUUCACAUGCUAAUACUUCAGCUGUGCUUUUAAUACUCAAAAUAUUAGGGGAUGGGGUGUUGAAGUUUUUCCUUUUUUUGUUUUAACAAUUUAUAGGAUUUAACAGAUGUACUGUCUUUCAUGUGGCUUCAACAUUAAAAGUUAAUGAGAAAGUACACAUGGUUUACAACUUUUACUACACACCUUUCCUUGGCCACCAAGUAUUUUAAAAGUGUGCCACCUUUUAACCUUUACUUUUUUUUUAAGUUGAAGGUGAUACUUUUUCUAUAUACGAUGAUACUCCUGUCAACUGAAGUGAGUGUGAGCUCAGAUAUCCACAUUAUUAUAUUCUAAAAUCAAUCACUAUGGAAAUAUCACCUGCAUUCUGUCAUUUGUCAGAUUAAAGUAUCUUUUUUUCUUUAACUUUUAGCAUUAAAUAAAAAUAAAAUUGGGAGCACUGAA